UUUUAAAGUUGCCUUGAUAUAAAAAUGUUUUAUACUCGAUGAACUAAGCGACAUUGUUUACAAUAAAUAUAUUAAUAUCGGGUGUCCACUUUCACACACAUAUACACGUACAUACAUACAUACAUACAUAUAUAUCUAUAUAUCUACUUUACAGAAAUAAAAGGCAAACCAGCCAAACGAAAUUCGCCGAACAAACGAGAAAAAUAAAUAAAUUCAACUAAGAAAAUAAUAGAGGAAAUAGUGGAAUCAUGACCAAUUUGGAGAAGCAACACGAGAUGGUGAAGCGAAGUCUUGUCCAGUUUGUCAGCGCGCAUAUACCAGGAGCCGACUUUAGUGUUGUGGAUGAGAUCGUACUUUCCUAUAUAAUAUCAAUAUUGGAAGAGGCUUCUCAGGAUCCAUGCUUUGAUGUCGAGGGAUUCGUUGAGAUGAUGGGCGCCUAUUUUGAGGAGUUCUCGACCAUCGAUCAGGGCGUUAUAUGCGAAUGGAUAUACAAGCUGGCCAACGAGCUGACCGAUAUGGAAAAGAAUCAAGGCAACCAUAGCUCAAUCAAUUUAUCGCUCCACGCCUUGAGCUUGUCUAACAUUAUACCAGAGUCCAAGCUACGUGCUCGCAACUCGUCCAUAUCCGAAAAGGACGAAUUAUCCUCGAACAAUAGCAGCAGCAGCGGCGGCAGCGGUAACGGCAAUGGUGGCGGCAACAGCAAGCGCUCCCAGCACUUGUCUGAAACCAGUGAUGGAGGCUCCACUGAUAGCUCCAGCUCCAAUUGCGAUUACUUUUUGGAUGAGGCCGAAGUGUUGCAAGAGAUGUUUCCCGACACCGCCUACGUCGAGAUAAAACACUGCAUUGCUAUAUCGAAGGGUGACAUUGAUAGUGCUACUCAAAUCCUACUACAUCGCCAGGACACCAAUCAGAGCCUGACCGAUAAGUCGCACACUAUUGGCAUGAAGAAGAACGUUGUCGUUGAUGAUAAUGAGCUAAAGAAUCGCAUUAUAGCUAGAUACUCCUAUGUGGAUAAGAAUGCCACUCAGCGCGAGUACAAGCCGGUGGUGCCCAAAAUGGAACCGCGCAAGCUUGUGCGUUAUCGUGAUAAUAAAAUUGUGUCGCUUAAGGGCGAACGUUACACUGAAGUCAAGCGUGACGAAGAUGCUGAGUUAAAAAAACCCAAGAAGCAGAUUCUACCGUAACUAAAGAUGAACCAAUCCCACAAGUAUUUUAUCAAGAAGCAACUUAACCCACAACCACCUAAUAAUACCGCACCAACGACACCUGAAGUUGAACCAUGCAGCAGCAGCAACAGCAGCGCCUGCCGCUGUAAUCAGAAUGUAUUCGGGCACAAUUUAUGCACAGAGCUGCAUAUCCGUGUAACUAGAAUUCAAGCCAGCACCGGUCCGAGUCCCACACACCCACACCAAAAAUCCCGUCUGGCUUUAGCGCCAGUUGUAGCCAUGCUUAGCCAACGUUUAGAUGCUUCCUUGCCAAAAUCUACACAACAUCAACAGCAACAACUCAUAAAAGAUGAUUUAACAGGACAACAAGAACACCAGGAACAGAAACAGGAAUCGAGCAGAAGAGCAGCCGCAUUGUGUGACCCGUUUAUAAUAAUCAAGGAAUCCUUCCCAUGUGAGUUAACUGGUAAUUUAUUGUUGUUGCUAUUGUUAGUUUGCUUUGCCGGUUACUGUAGCCCAUGGAAUUUUUAUCAUAAUCAGAUUGUGGCUAAAGACACAAAGACUUUACAUACCAAAUUAGUUAAUAGUUAUGUUUUAGGUAAAACUUUCGCAUUUUUUUAUGUUAACCUCAAUCGGGACAUUAUAAUUGACAACAACUUAUGAGUCUCGUUGCGGUGACAAGGAGCCGGCUCCAGUUUAUUAGGGGCUGCUGCCUGUCGCACAUGACAACGCUUGCCGUCGCACCUGCAUGUGGGUGGAUAGUAUUUGUUAGUUCCUUAUGCUCACACAAGAAAAUCGCAAUCAAAAUCGAAUUAAAAGAAACAAGAAGAAAAACUGAACUGUGACAAAUUGUGCGACCAACUGCCAGAAACUUGCUCGCUUGUGAAUCUCGAAUCUCGAAAAAGCAUCAAAAACAUAUUUAUAUAGAUAAUAAUAGAAAUAUAAUUCUAGCCUUGUGCUCCCCACAGACAGGUGCGACUCGAAUACGAAUUUGGCGCUCAAAUAGACUUAUUUAGAUGAUUUUAGGUAUUCAAAUUGAAAGUGUGUUUUGUGAAGUUCGCGUUUUUAAAACGCAGCUGUACAACAACUUGCCAUAAGAUUUAUGUUAAAGUUCUCUUAUAUCGUAAACUUGUUUAGAAAUAUUUUUUUUUAUUUUAUUUAUUAUUUGUUUUUCGUUAUGGUCUAAGCAAACUAGCAACAGUAACGACAAAUGCCAUACACUAACUAGUCCCCAUCCUGAGAAUUCCUCGUCCUAACUGCCCCUCACAUACCAAAGCGGCUGCUGCUCGGAAGGACACAGCAAUAUUAUAAAACAUAUUCAACAUAUAACAAAACUAAUCAAUCUUAAUAUAACCUUAUAUUUAGCAAGCUUCAUUGUAAUUCCUAACAACAAGUUGAGAGCCCAGCGCAAUUCAUAUAUAUCGACAUAUAUAUUUAUAUUUAUAUUAAAAUAUUUUUUUUUAGAUUUAGGCAUCGGUCAUCAUUCAACG